UAGCUGAUAUAGCCAUAUAUAUGACGUUUUUUGGAAUCGUAAUAAUAUUUGCCUGCCAGUCUCUUCCGUGCCGUAGUGCAUACAUAACAGUGGAUACUGAGCAUGUACACGUGCUACUCGUAAUGAUGAACAGCAAAAGUUUCGAAUUUCUGAGUAAUUGCCAAUUAAGAACAAACUACGCCUCACAAGCACAACAGGCACUGUCAAUUCACACUGCACGAAUUAAUCUUUUGUUGGAACAAGGUAAAUGCCCAGAGGUUGGUUGGGAUGAUUCCACAAUUGAGUUACUUCUUCAAAAUCUUGCUUUGAUGGACAGUAACAAUUUCCCCGGAUGCGCCCAACUGGGUGAGCGGGAAGCCCGAUUUGCGUCCGAGCUUGUGCGCAAACGGCAUUUCCGGAUGGGUCACGGCAUCGGACGCUCGGGAGAUAUUCAGGAGCAGCAGCCCAAGGCAGCAGGUUCCACCCUCAUGAAUCAUCUGACUAACUCAAUGCUGCUGCAUGUCCUGCAAGCAUCGGGAGCCCCUAGUACUCAAAAAUGCUUCGUAGUGCCGGCUGCAACAGGCAUGGCAUUAGUUCUCUGUCUUCUAGCGUUUCGUGCAAGAAAGCCCCAAGCUAAAUAUGUUGUUUGGUCCAGAAUUGAUCAGAAGACGUGCUUUAAAUGCAUGAUAACUGCUGGAUUACAGCCGAUCGUCGUUGAAGGGUUGCUCGUUGGAAAUGAACUGAAGACAAACGUUGACGAGAUGCGUAAAAGCAUUCAACAAAUUGGAACUGACAAUAUUCUCUGCGUUCUCUCUACUACGUCAUGUUUCGCUCCGCGAUGUCCCGACGAUCUUAUCGGAAUAGCUGAUCUCUGUAAAGAGUUCGAUUUGAUGCACUUAGUUAACAACGCCUACGGGGUACAAUCAGCAAAAUGUAUGUCGCGACUGGAACAAGCGUACAAACACGGCCGAGUUGACGCAUAUGUCCAGAGUACGGAUAAAAACUUCAUGGUGCCCGUUGGUGGCGCCGUUAUAGCAGGUUUUGAUUUAGAAUUGAUUGAAUAUGUGGCUAGAACAUAUCCGGGUCGGGGGUCCGGUUCUCCCACGAUGGAUCUUUUCAUCACGCUGUUAUCGAUGGGCAUCAAAGGUUAUCAUACGGCUUGCAAACAACGUAAAAGUACUUUUAACUAUCUUGUCGGACGUCUCAAGCAACUCGCUGAGUCAUAUAACCAAACGGUGCUGCAGGUUACCUCGAACGAUCUCUCUAUCGGGUUCACGUUGAAUGGUCUCAAAGAUAUGGCAAAAGUAAGCGCAGUUGGCUCCAUGUUGUUUACGCGAUUUGUGUUUGGCACGCGUGCUAUUGAUCCCGACACAGUGAAGGACAUUGAAGAGCGUCAAUUCAUCGGUUGGGGAUCUCAUUAUAGCAAAUACCCUCAUAAAUAUUUGACGGCUGCAGCUAGCAUUGGUACAACAAUAGACGAUGUGGACACAUUUGUUGAGAAGCUCGCUAAAAUUCUUGCAAAAAAUAAAAACAUCAAUUGAAAACGCGCUACUUGUAUUAGGCAGACAUGAUAAACCGAGACAAAUAUCAGUCCACCAAAGUGUUUCUUCAUAUCUUGUUAAUGAUACAAAAGCUACACAAAGUAGACUAAAUAUUAAAAACAGUUAGCGCUCUCGACGCAUGGGAUCGCUGCAAUAGCUCAAUAGCGGCGCUUGCAAAAUUGUAAAUGUAGGCAUAGAUAUGGACGGUUGUCGCAGAAAUCCCAAACGGAUAUUACAAUCAAGUAACCUGAGUAGCUUUAGUUUUUUUUUACGAUACAGAACAAGUCAUUGUGUUCGCGUUGUUAAUUUGUUUUUGAUCUACUGCGAAAUUGUCACAAAGCUGUGCCCCACCAACGCUUUCAAACAAAAAAAAUAUCGUUAUACUAAUAGAGUAGAAUCUAUCACGCUAUUUAUAAACUGGUUUUUCUAAUUUAAGUUCUUUCCAAAUGGCUGUAUCUCAAAAAAUGUGUUCAUGGUCGAAUAAACUGUUGAUGUUGGAAAAUUUA